UAGCCAGUCAGCAGAGCAGUUAAUCUCUAUAAAUAGAAACCGCCGUUUAGAAGCACAAAUCGUCCCCGAGUCGUUUCCUUUCGUUGGGUAUUAAGAUUUGGCUUUGAGAGAGGCAUAUAGAGAGACUCAGAUCUGUAUCGCAUUUCUCUAUCCCCCAAAGCUUUGAGAAAAAAAAUGGAGACUUUCCUAUUCACAUCUGAGUCUGUCAACGAAGGACACCCAGACAAGCUUUGCGACCAGAUCUCCGACGCUGUCCUCGACGCCUGCCUUGAGCAAGACCCCGACAGCAAAGUCGCCUGCGAGACUUGCACCAAGACCAACAUGGUCAUGGUCUUCGGUGAGAUCACCACCAAAGCCACCGUCGACUACGAGAAGAUCGUCCGCGACACUUGCCGCUCCAUUGGUUUCAUCUCUGAUGAUGUCGGUCUCGACGCUGACAAAUGCAAGGUCCUUGUCAACAUCGAGCAGCAGAGCCCAGACAUUGCUCAAGGUGUUCACGGUCACUUCACCAAGCGCCCUGAAGACAUCGGAGCUGGUGACCAGGGACACAUGUUUGGUUACGCUACUGAUGAGACCCCCGAGCUCAUGCCUCUGAGCCAUGUUCUCGCGACCAAGAUCGGUGCUAAGCUUACUGAGGUCAGAAAGAACGGGACUUGCCGUUGGUUAAGACCGGACGGCAAGACCCAAGUCACUGUCGAGUACUACAACGACAAUGGCGCGAUGGUCCCGGUCCGUGUCCACACCGUCCUCAUCUCGACCCAGCACGAUGAGACCGUCACCAACGAUGAGAUCGCACGUGACCUCAAGGAGCACGUGAUCAAACCCAUCAUCCCUGAGAAGUACCUGGACGACAAAACCAUCUUCCACCUCAACCCAUCAGGCAGGUUCGUGAUCGGUGGACCACACGGUGACGCCGGUUUGACCGGACGUAAGAUCAUCAUCGACACUUACGGAGGAUGGGGAGCUCACGGAGGAGGUGCUUUCUCAGGGAAAGACCCGACCAAGGUCGACAGAAGCGGUGCCUACAUCGUGAGGCAAGCAGCCAAGAGCGUUGUUGCUAACGGGAUGGCUCGUAGGGCUCUUGUCCAAGUCUCCUACGCCAUUGGAGUUCCCGAGCCUUUGUCUGUGUUUGUGGACACUUACGGAACAGGGUUGAUUCCAGACAAGGAGAUACUGAAGAUCGUGAAGGAGACCUUCGAUUUCAGACCAGGGAUGAUGACGAUCAACUUGGACUUGAAGAGAGGAGGCAAUGGAAGGUUCUUGAAAACGGCGGCGUAUGGACAUUUCGGAAGGGACGACCCUGACUUCACCUGGGAGGUCGUGAAGCCACUCAAGUGGGACAAACCUCAAGCUUAAGUAAUGAUUUAAUAUCAUUUCAUAUGCUUGUUUCUCUAUCUUUUUCACUUUAAAAACAUUUACCAUGAACAAUAAUCAAUCCUUAUGUUUGUGUUUUCUUUUUCUUUUUCUUUUUGUACUUUUGGAAUGAAAGUUUCUGGUUUGUUUACUAUUA